AUCAGGACUGCGGCAGAAGCUCCGGACGGUAAUGGCGGUGAAUAGGGAGUAGAGAGAGAGACAUGGAGAGACAUGGAGUUGUUUUAAACGCGGUUUGUAUUUAAAAGCCCCCGAGCUGAGGAAAGCGAAGCCUCGCGUUAAUCCGCGGAUUCCUCCAGACCGGGGAAGAAGCGCACGCUGCGUGUGAAGAGGCGGGAGUGCUGGCGUCGCGGCGCCGUCUCCAUGGAAACCAACACACCCGUCCGUUUAUCUAUCCUCAUAUAACAGAGUAUGGGAUGCGUUAAACACCGCUGAAAAUCACAAACACGUCUGAUUUAAAAGAGUAUGGGAUGCGUUAAACACCGCUGAAAAUCACAAACACGUCUGAUUUAAAAGAGUAUGGGAUGCGCUUACCCAACACCGCUGAAAAUCACAAACACGUCUGAUUUAAAAGAGUAUGGGAUGCGCUUACCCAACACCGCUGAAAAUCACAAACACGUCUGAUUUAAAAGAGUAUGGGAUGCGUUAAACACCGCUGAAAAUCACAAACACGUCUGAUUUAAAAGAGUAUGGGAUGCGUUAAACACCGCUGAAAAUCACAAACACGUCUGAUUUAAAAGAGUAUGGGAUGCGUUAAACACCGCUGAAAAUCACAAACACGUCUGAUUUAAAAGAGUAUGGGAUGCGUUAAACACCGCUGAAAAUCACAAACACGUCUGAUUUAAAAGAGUAUGGGAUGCGUUAAACACCGCUGAAAAUCACAAACACGUCUGAUUUAAAAGAGUAUGGGAUGCGCUUACCCAACACCGCUGAAAAUCACAAACACGUCUGAUUUAAAAGAGUAUGGGAUGCGUUAAACACCGCUGAAAAUCACAAACACGUCUGAUUUAAAAGAGUAUGGGAUGCGUUAAACACCGCUGAAAAUCACAAACACGUCUGAUUUAAAAGAGUAUGGGAUGCGUUAAACACCGCUGAAAAUCACAAACACGUCUGAUUUAAAAGAGUAUGGGAUGCGUUAAACACCGCUGAAAAUCACAAACACGUCUGAUUUAAAAGAGUAUGGGAUGCGUUAAACACCGCUGAAACUCACAAACACGUCUGAUUUAAAAGAGUAUGGGAUGCGUUUAUCAAACACCGCUGAAAAUCACAAACACGUCUGAUUUAAAAGAGUAUGGGAUGCGUUAAACACCGCUGAAAAUCACAAACACGUCUGAUUUAAAAGAGUAUGGGAUGCGUUAAACACCGCUGAAAAUCACAAACACGUCUGAUUUAAAAGAGUAUGGGAUGCGCUUACCCAACACCGCUGAAAAUCACAAACACGUCUGAUUUAAAAGAGUAUGGGAUGCGUUAAACACCGCUGAAAAUCACAAACACGUCUGAUUUAAAAGAGUAUGGGAUGCGUUAAACACCGCUGAAAAUCACAAACACGUCUGAUUUAAAAGAGUAUGGGAUGCGUUAAACACCGCUGAAAAUCACAAACACGUCUGAUUUAAAAGAGUAUGGGAUGCGUUAAACACCGCUGAAAAUCACAAACACGUCUGAUUUAAAAGAGUAUGGGAUGCGCUUACCCAACACCGCUGAAAAUCACAAACACGUCUGAUUUAAAAGAGUAUGGGAUGCGCUUACCCAACACCGCUGAAAAUCACAAACACGUCUGAUUUAAAAGAGUAUGGGAUGCGCUUACCCAACACCGCUGAAAAUCACAAACACGUCUGAUUUAAAAGAGUAUGGGAUGCGUUAAACACCGCUGAAAAUCACAAACACGUCUGAUUUAAAAGAGUAUGGGAUGCGUUAAACACCGCUGAAAAUCACAAACACGUCUGAUUUAAAAGAGUAUGGGAUGCGUUAAACACCGCUGAAAAUCACAAACACGUCUGAUUUAAAAGAGUAUGGGAUGCGCUUACCCAACACCGCUGAAAAUCACAAACACGUCUGAUUUAAAAGAGUAUGGGAUGCGUUAAACACCGCUGAAAAUCACAAACACGUCUGAUUUAAAAGAGUAUGGGAUGCGCUGAAGCUUACAAACACGUCUGAUUUAAAAGCUCAACGUGCUGCUGCUGGUUUCGGUUGCUCUGUAAGAGGAAGGCGUGCUACCUCCUGUGUUGACGGUACAUCGGGCGGCGUGUAGACUGUGUGUGAAAAUACAACACCGAGCCGCAAUUCAAACAUGCAGAGUGGAGGUCGUGUACGGGCUUAAUAAUAAUCAUCAUAAUAAUAAUCAUAAUACUACAAAAAUCACCGCACCAGAAUACCACAGCUGACGUGACUUGCAUAUUUUGAAUCCUCGUUGUUUCCGGGACGAGUGCGGGGACGAUGUCUGCCUUUGACCAGGUGGCGGCGCUGCGGCACCAGAACCAGGAGCUGCUGGAGAGACUGAGAGUGAAACAGAAGAGCUACCGAGAGCUGAGGAGGGGCAGGGAGAGAGGGGAGCGAGAGGGGGGCCAGCCCUGGGCAGCCCGGGCAGCUCUGACUGCGUCGCUGAGAAGCCGGGCUGGGGGAGAGGGAGAAGGAGGCAACAAAAGCUCAACGCCUCUCCGGGGAGCCCAGGGGUGGAAGCAGAGGGGCAGCGUGACCCAGGGGCGGGGCAGCGAGACCCAGGGGCGGGGCAGCGAGACCCAGGGGCAGGGCAGCGAGACCCAGGGGCAGGGCAGCGAGACCCAGGGGCGGGGCAGCGAGACCCAGGGGCGGGGCAGCGAGACCCAGGGGCAGGGCAGCGAGACCCAGGGGCGGGGCAGCGAGACCCUGCGCUACACUGACCAGCUGCUGCACCUUGGAAACGACCGGCAGAGAGACGCCUUCAUCAGAGAGACCAGGAGACCCAAACCCAUCCUGCUUCCCCCUCACAGCAGAGAGAGGAAGGGGGCGAGUCACGUGACCUUCCAGUCCCCUGAAGAGGCGAGUGAGGGGGAGGGCUGGUCUGUGAGGCCCUUCCUGGGCUACGAUUGGAUAGCAGGUGUGCUGGACGCAGACUCCUCCCUCUCUGAGAAAUCCGAGCCAUUCUUCACAGAGCUGAGAGACUUCCGACAGGUCAACAGAGAAGAGUGCGUCCACCAGGAGUACAUGGAAGCGGAGCAGCUUGACCUCUUACCCCUGACCUCAGUGAAGGAUCCCCAGGUUCUGGAUUACUCUCGAGACACCCAUCAGUGCACGCACUGUUAUCGUGUGAACAGCAGACUGUUUGCUGUGCCUCUGGACCCCCAGGCUGCCUGUCCCGUCUGCAAGACCCCCAGAUCACAGCGCCCCACCCCCACCGCCCAGGAGCCCGCCUUCAUCCGGGUGAGUAUCCCUCGCUCCACGCUGCUGCCGGCCUACAGGUACACAGCACACCGACGCAAGAGCUUUGACCCCUCGGACAGCCUGGCCCUGCCCUCCCACUGUCUGUCAGGCUGGUCCAGCACAGCGCCCCCUGCUGCCCCUUCAAUGAACAGCCUGGAUCUGAAAACCUCAGUGAAGCCAGAGACAGCCAGCAGUGUCCUCUCCACCAGCGCCCUCUACCUGUCACAGCUGGACUGCUCUGUGUCCAGAGUGAUGGGAGGGGCCCACACUGACCAGCUGCUGGACCUGUCUCGCUCAGCCCGGUACCACUUCCAGAGACUGGACCAGAACCAAGAGCUGAGCUGCAGCAAACCACACAGCACAGCGUACCCAGUGUACUGAACCAGAGAGAGAGACCCGAACACCACACAGCACAGCACAGCGUACCCAGUGUACUGAACCAGAGAGAGAGACCCGAACACCACACAGCACAGCACAGCGUACCCAGUGUACUGAACCAGAGAGAGAGAC